GUAUAUGGCUUUUGCUUCUGAGUGUCAUCUUGUUAAUACACAGAGCUCAUGGAUGUCCUGACAAAUGCCUAUGCCAUACAGCUUCAAAGACUGCAGACUGCAAGAAUAGAGGAUUUACUGAAAUUCCUGCCCAUCUACCUCCCGAAAUUCAGAUACUACAGUUGCAGAAUAAUCGCAUUUGGAGACUCAACCAAAAUGCAUUCACUGGAACACCACUGCUCAAAAUCUUAGACUUGUCUAACAAUUCCCUCUCAAGUUUGGUACCAGGUGCUUUCCAAAAGUUACGGUACCUAAAAGAACUGGACUUGUCAUCUAACAGCAUUAUACGUUUGCCUGAGACUUUUGGAAACAGCACAGGGAAUAUAACUUUGCUGUCUGUGAAGCAUAACAAACUUCAGAAAAUGGAAAGAGUUCUACUGGAAUCACUUCCAAACCUGAAAGUAGUUCUUUUCAAAGAUAAUCCCUGGCAAUGUAAUUGCAAUGUCUUUGGCCUGAAACUGUGGCUGGAGAGCUUUUUAUACAGAGGAGGAAUAAGUGAUGGCAUUAUCUGCUCAGCGCCAGGGAUUCGGAAGGGAAAGGACCUCCUCAAAGUUCCCUAUGAGCUAUUUGGGGCAUGCCCUCUAAGGACAGCUCACUUUCAUCUGCCUAGCAUUCACCACCAUAGCUCUGAGCACAGAAGUUCUCUGAAGCAUCCUCAUCACAGUGAGCAUGGGGAAAACAGCCGUUCAAACUGUGAACCCAAACCAAAGCCAAAGCCUGUUAGUUUGCGUCAUGCAAUUGCCACUGUAGUAAUAACUGGAGUUGUCUGUGGAAUUGUGUGUCUAAUGAUGUUGGCAGCUGCUGUUUAUGGUUGUGCCUAUGCUGCAAUUACUGCUAAAUACCACAGAGAACAUUUGGCCCCGGUCAGACAACAUGGGACUCCUGAGGAAAAAGAGCCAUUUGAUAGUUCCUUGGCUUGA